UUCAAGAACUUUAUCUCGAUAUCGCUGCUGUGAAAAUAUCCAGGUUUCCUCAAUGUCUUUUUACUUGCACUUGAUUGAUUAAGUUGGAGUUGAAACUCGGUGAUAACUCAAGUACUAUUGUUCUACCCAGUUCUAUGGAUUUGUCUAGACUUACUUUUAUGAAACUUGAUUCACUUCCAUCUGAUGUUAACUUGACUAAUAGGCUCUUCUUAAAGUGUCCUGUUCUUGAAUCGUUGAUUAUUGAAGGUCGUCUUGGUCAUAUGGAUCUUCAAAUUUCUUCAUUAACACUUGAACACUUGACAAUAAUUGAUCUUGUUAGUAAAACCUCAAGUAAAGUCAAGAUAGAUGCUCCGAAUCUCGUAUCCUUCAAGUGCAGAGAAUUUAUAUCGAAAUGCUACGUGCUAGAAAACUUUGCUUCUCUAGUUACUGCUGAUAUAUACAUGAAAGCUACGAAAGAUGAAGCUGGCAAAAUAGAACACUAUAAAAAAAAUCAUUGGUUGUUCCUGACUGCACUUUCUAAUGCAAAAGAAAUAAGAUUAUCAGAGUGGUUCUUGCAUUUAGUACGUAUAUAUGAUAGCUUCCUUUUAUUUUGGUGGGCCAAGGGUUUCUUAGCUGCUUUUGGCAAAAAUUCCCUUCAGUUUUCUAAUCUGCGACUCGUCAAGCUGGAAUCUUACUUGCCAAAACACAUCAUCCGAGCACUAGGAUGGUUGCGCUGUAUUUCUCCUAAUGUUGAAAGUCUUUCAAUAGUGAAUCUAGGGAUGCCAAGUUCGGAUAUACCAGACAGUGAAGACUAUUUUGCUGGAGUACCGUUGGAUCAUCUUAGGUCUGUUGAAAUUCGAGGUCUUCUAGGACACUUUAAUGAGCUCAAACUUGUGGAGAUUAUUUUCAAGAAGGCUGUGGUCUUGGAGAAAAUGCUUCUUUUUAGUUGUAAGAAAUCCACAACGGAGAAGUGCCUACUUACAUUUGGUGAGAAGCUACUAACACUUCCAAGGGCGUCUUCAAAUAUCACAACCUUUUUUAUCUAAUCAGUAGGAGGUACUUUUAAAGGAAUUCAUCAGCAGAAGAAGCAGAGGCAGUAACCUUGCUGCGGGCAGUGAAAUGGGCCAAAGAAAAAGAUAUCAGGAAUCUGGAAUCUGGUCACUGAAGGUGAUUGUCAGUCAGCUGUAAACUACUUACAAGGCAAGAAAAACUCAAUCAAAUGGCAAUGCAUAGCAAUCUUAGAUGAAGCAAUGAAUUUGGCAAAAGAAUUGGUCUCUUUUUCUGGUUUCCAGUUUGCAAACAGAAAAACAAAUGGAGCAGCAGCUGACCUUUUUGCAAAAUAAUGAAGGAAGUUUACUGUUAUGACAACCGUAGAAGAUGUUGCCCAUGCCUUUUAAUUUCUAGCCUAGUUUAUGAUUCAGUUAAGACUUUUGAUGUACAUAUUCAGAACAACCAUGUAUUUUCAGUUUCAGAAGAUGUUAAUCCCACGGAUUCAAUCAUCCGAAGGACUCGUACAAUGAGGGAGAUCCCAAAUGAGUCAAAAGGUAAAUAGCUUCCUGCUUUAUAUAUCGA